CUUUCAUGAACUUCUUUAUGAAUCCUAAAGUGACCUCUGUGGUGAUUGGGAGAGAAAGCUGGCACUUGCCCCGAUGGAAAAUCAGGCUGCUGUGUACUGGUGCUGUCCUGGAGGAGGUGUGAAAGGGAUGCUGCCAGCAAACUACUCUAGCGGGCCUUGCCAGUUUCAGCAUUUCCAGCAACAGCCAGGGAGCUUGGUGGUUGAAGCCAGAGUCCUUGCUCUGAAUGACUCCAUAUUAGAUGUCACUAAAAGCACGUUGGAAGAGAAAAACAUCAAGCAAGUCACACCGCCUAAUCUAGAUAACAUGGCCAUGGAAAAUGGAGAGCAAGAGCCUAUGAGCACUUCAGAGCCAUUAAAACCAGUCGGCCUUCUUAAUGGAUCAGAAGUAAAUGACUUGUCAUCUGUCAAUGCCAUGAUGUCAGCAGUGAUGAGCGCAAACAAUGUUUCUGAAAAUAGCGGGAGUCAUCAAAACACUAAAUCACCAGCUAAAUCUCCUGCUCCCAAUCGGAUUGGCAGAAGAAAUCAGGAGUCAAAGGAGGAGAAAUCAUCAUACACCUGCCCUUUGUGUGAGAAAGUCUGCAAUUCACAGCAUCAGCUAACUAUGCACAUCCGUCAGCAUAACACAGACACCGGAGGGACAGACCAUAGCUGCAGCAUCUGUGGAAAAUCUCUGAGUUCAGCCAGCUCCCUCGACCGCCACAUGCUUGUUCACUCUGGAGAAAGGCCUUAUAAAUGUAACAUGUGUGGGCAGUCUUUCACCACUAAUGGGAACAUGCACAGGCACAUGAAAAUACACGAGAAAGACCCCAGUGCUGCAGUGUCUACAAGCCCCCCAUCACCACAAAAACGGAGAAGACUAACUUCUAAAAGGAAAUCCAUUCUUGAAUCUGAAACCGACAAAGAUGAGCCAUCACCGCCAAAAAAGACCAUGGAAGAAAUUCAACCUGUUGAACCACUGAAAAAGACAGAAGAUGUUGUCCACUGCCCUUUGUGUUUCAAAGAAUUUACAUGCAAGCCAGAUCUGGAUAGUCAUAUGGAGACACACCCUGAAGCCUCAUUGAAGUGUGAUAUUUGUUGCAUUUCAUUUCGCACCCACCGGGGCAUGCUGCGCCACAAUGCUGCAAUCCACAAGCUGCUCCCCAGAGACCCGUCUGGAAAGCCUUUUAUUCAGAAUAAUCCCUCCAUCCCCGCUGGAUUCAAUGAUCUGGGUUUCACAGACUUCUCUGCCAAAAAGUUCCCUCUCAUUUCCCAGAUCUGGUGCGAAACUAAUUUACGGAGGUGCAUCAGUGAAUUUCAUAGUUUUGUUUGUGAAAGCUGCAACAAAGCUUUUCCAAUGUUCUCUGCUCUGAAACUGCACAUGGAAACCCACAGCGAAGCCCAGCCCAACAAGAAAAACAAAUCAGAAAUCGUAACUGGAGAGAAUAGUGAUCAGAAAAGUUUUAUGGCAGCUCUGGGCCUUCAGUGUACCAAAGAUAUAAGGCCUGUUGUUCAGGAGAAAAUGCAAGACUGUUUACAGGCCAUACAACUCGAAACUCUGAUGAGUAACCUACCUCAGGAACUUGGUGGCACAGGCAUGCAGAAACGGUCUCAUUUAGAAGGGUCCUCUGUAGGUGGUUCUUUCUCAGUCUUGCCACCAACAAAGGAGAACUUAAAGUUGCUUUCUUUGCAGCCUUUUCAAAAGGGCUUCACCUUGCAACCUGACAACAGUAUAGUGGUCAAACCAAUCUCCGGUGAGCUGGCUGAUAUUCAGCAAAUACUCAAAAUGGCUGCUUCUGCACCUCCUCAGAUUAGUCUUCCCUCUGUUGGCAAACCAUCUCCAGUCAGCACACAGACCUUUUACAAACAUAUGCCUUCACUGAAGCCAAAGCCACUGGUGACUCCACGUACAGUUGUUGUUGCCGCCUCAACACCUCCGCCUCUACUUAACACUCAGCAGGCCACUCCAGGCUGCAUCAGCCCGAGCCUUCCUCAGCCACCACUGAGGUUGAUAAAAAAUACUGUGGAAUCUGCAACAAGCGCCAUAUAUUUGCAAUCCAGGUCUGGAGUCGGCUGCAGCUCCUUCCCUCAGAACAGUCAGACAUCAAACACAGACGCAUUGAGUCAGCGAGAAAAGACAACUCUGUUAGAACAGGACAGUAUUAUAGAAGCGUUUAUGCCUGUAGAUUUGGAUUCCAAGAUCAAACAAGAAGUAACUGAAGGAAACCUGAAAUCUAUUUCUGGGGCAAACCACAAAAAAGUUAACCAAUCGAGAAAAGACUCCCAUCCUUGCCGUUUCUGUGAUCAGGUAUUUUCCUACUCUGGUGUUUUGCGGGCUCAUAUCCGUACCCACUUGGGAAUCUCACCCUAUCAGUGCAACAUUUGUGAUUACAUAGCAGCUGACAAGGCCGCACUAAUUCGUCAUCUGCGGACACACAGUGGUGAACGGCCAUAUGUGUGUAAAAUUUGCCAGUACCCUUUUACUGUUAAAGCCAACUGUGAGAGACACCUGCGAAAGAAGCACCUUAAAAUCACCAGAAAAGAUAUUGAAAAGAAUAUUGAUUACGUGUCAACGAACACAGCUGAAAUGGUGGAUGCUCUGUGUUCUCCAGAUACUGUUUGUAAAUGCUGUGGGGAGGACUUGAAGAAUUACCGUGCUCUUCAUAUACACAUGAGGGGACACACUAACUUUCAAAAAAAGAAACCAUUUGAGUGCAAAGACUGUGGUACUACUUUCUCUGCCAAACGAAACUGCAUUCAUCACAUACUGAAGCAACACCAGCAUAUACAAGAGAAGGAAAUAGAAAACCACAUUUUAUCGAGGGCUUGCAGUCCUGAACAGACUAGAUCAGACUCCCCAAAUGUGGAGAAUAGCCGUUUCCAUGAUCAAACAUCUACCACCUCUUAUGUGGAAUCUCAGAAUGGUUUUCAACGUGAAGGGUACUCUGCUACACCUUUAAAAGUUGAUAUUACCACCUGCUUUGCCACAGACCUUGAUGAGCCUUUGGACUUCUCACAAAAGAGUAAGAAUCCUUAUGGGAUCCAAGUAAAGCAGGAACCAAUCUUCAACCAGUCAUUUUCCUCUGUUGAUUCCUCUAUGGAGCCAAUUGAUUUAUCCAUACCUAAGCACACUAAACAGGUCAAAGCUGACUCACCAUUUAUUGCAAAGACACAAGAGCAGGCUCCUGUGCCUGUUGGGCAGAUAUACAACUGUCAGCAAAGCCCCCUCACCUUAAGUGCCAAUGAAAUUGAGAAACCUGCAUCCAUUACACAUUCCAAACCAUUGAAAAAUGCUUUGCAUUUAACUGUACCUGUAAUUUCUCCUGCUGUUCUUGGAAGUGCAACUAUCCUGCGGCCACUAAGGCCUAAACCACCGCCUCUUUUGCCAAAGCUUUUAGUCCCUAAAGAUUUACCACCCCUGGCAUCUAUUGCACAAAUCAUAUCUUCUGUGUCAUCUGCAUCAACAUUGUUAAAAAGUGAGGUUACCACGCCUACUUCUCAGGUUGCUUCCAGCAAUUCAUCAGCCACUGACAAAACUGUGGCUACCCAAUCCAAGACAAUCCCUCACAAGGAAUCUCCAAUUUCUUGUGAUGCUCCCCAUACUGCUGGAAGCCUUGUUGCAUCUGACAACCCCACGUCCAAUAGUUUACCUGGAGGAGCAAAGAAACGCGGUCGAAAGAAAGGAACAAAAAACAAGCCAAAGGUUGCUAAUGCUCUGGAUCUUGAGUCAAGUGGUGAAUUUGCAAGUAUUGAGAAGAUGUUGGCCACAACAGACACUAACAAGUUCAGCCCUUAUCUGCAAUCUACAGAAGACCUCAAGGAGGUUAUUGAUCGCAAUGGAAGUAGUGAAGACGAGAGAGAUAGCAGUGAAGAUAAAAGAGGGAAGCGGAAUUCUUACUCCAACUCUGUGCAAAAAAUUACUUGCCCGUAUUGUCCACGUGUUUUUCCCUGGGCAAGCUCCCUACAACGACACAUGCUAACACAUACAGGUCAGAAGCCCUACCCCUGCGCAAAAUGCGAUGCCUUCUUUUCUACCAAAUCUAACUGUGAACGCCAUCUCUUACGCAAACAUGGAGUUGCCAACCUCUCCUUAAGAAGAAACGGUCUAAUGCCCCAGUCUAAAGAAAGUGAUGUUGGAUCCAAUGAUAGCACAGACAGCCAGUCUGAUGCUGAUGCAGAGAUGUCUGCUACAGAGAUUGAUGUGCUAGACCUGACUUCAGGGGAAAGGGAUAAGUCAGAAGUAGUUCCAAUAGUGGAAACUGAACAUUUACCCAAGAGUGAGAAAACUGAAACAAACAUGCUAGAUAAUGAAGAGGAAAUCAAAGAAAAAUCAGAUGAAUACAAGGAACACUUAGAGGAUGAUACUGUGAGCAACAAAAGUCUUGAUCUGAAUUUGGCCAGCAAGCUGAUGGACUUUAAAUUGUCUGCUAAUGAACAGAAUGCCAACAGCAGCAGCAGCAACUCCUGUGACAUUUGUGGGAAAAGCUUCAAGUUUGCAGCUACACUGGGCAGACACAAGAAGGCCCAUUUAUGUGAAAAUAAAGGAGAAGAGAAGAGCAGUGAAGAUGAGGGCAAAGGUUUAUCUGAUUCUCCCUGUGAUCUUUCUCAACAUGUCUCCAGCACAGAUGGUGUGGACAUGGAGGAAGAUCUUCCAGUGGACUUGAAAGUGUCAAAAUCUCCUAUGGAGAAUGAGCUCUCUGGAAACCGGAAGGGUGAUGGUGAAACUAUGUCUGCUGAAGAAGGUCUAGAAAAGAAGUCAUUGGACAGAAGUGAUGAUGACAAGGAAUCCAAAGCAAAUGAAACAAAGGGGACUUCCAAAGCAGACAAAAGAAAGAAGAUCUGCACUGUGUGCAGUAAACGCUUUUGGUCCUUGCAAGAUCUGACCAGACAUAUGAGAUCCCACACUGGCGAACGACCUUAUAAAUGCCAGACCUGUGAACGCACUUUCACUUUGAAGCACAGCCUAGUGCGCCAUCAGCGAAUCCAUCAGAAAGUUAAAGAUCUGAAAAGUCAGGGCAAAGACAGCGAGAAGGAAGAUCGGGAACUAAGAUGUGAGGAAGAAAGUGAUGCUGAAUCCUUGCAAAGCAGCACCCAGCACACAUCAGAAAAUGAGUGUGACGCACCAUCUAGUGUUACUCAGUCAAUAACUAGAAGCAAAAAGGCACUAUUGGCAAACACAGCUGGUGAGGAAUCAUCUCAGAAAAGUGAAAAUAUUUCAGGUAGAAACACCCCAAAACAAGUUUCAGGGAUAGAUGGCAUUAAAGAUCCUGAAACUAUGAGAACCUCUGAACGAAAAAGCCUCACAGGCUUCUCAAAAGAGUCUGAAAAAUCUCCUUUGAAUCAUAUUCUUGUUGUCGCAGAGAGUGCGUUGGCUGUGAUGGAGGCUAAAUGAGCCAGAGCUGUUAGGAACCCAGCAUCUACCCUAAAAUAAAAUUGUAUUCUAUACAGUUUCUUUCAGCUACAAGGGAGUAUGGCGGGCCAUAUCAAGUGCCAUAACAUUUUGGUAAAAUGCAAAAAACUAUACUGAUUUUGAGUGCCUUACUACUUUACUACAUUUUUCGGUAUUGGACAUUUUUUAAGAAGAAGAAUUAAAAACAAACAAUAAAAACACUUGCUUAAAAAGUUACUUUAAAGAAAUAUUCAGAGAUGACCUAUUUCCAUGUAAGCAUUAAAAAUAUUUUGUCUAUGUGUGAACAAUUGUUCCUGUGCAUCACUGUCUUUCCUGAGAUAGGCACAUGGUUGUGGGGGAUGCCAUUGAUUACUACAGCCAAUAACUGGAAGAUAACGGAUUUUAAAUGGACAAUGAAGGGUUAUGCAAAACUACUUAUUUGUGUUUCCCUACUUUCCAGUUUUAGGAGUAGUGUUUUUCUUCUGCAUCCAUGGACUAUAUAAUAAAUGUCCUGUGUUUCAUGGAUGAAAGACCUUUGGAUGCUGGAUGAAGACCUUUGAAAAUUGGCAGAUGCUGUAAACCAGGAAAAAGGAUAUAUAAUAUAUAAAAUAUAGCAUUGAACUUCAAAACUAGAUUCCACUCAAGGUUUCUGAAUGGUGUUAUUGUUCAGUCUUUGUUCUACCUCAGAAUGAACACACGGAGCAUUCAGAUGAUAUUUUGUGUUUAACACAUGGAAAGUGCUACCCCCUGCCUAUGUCUCAAUUCUAUUUGCUUGAAUUCAACAGCUUACUAACCUCUGCAUUUUGCAGAACUGUUUGGGCAAUAUUUGCCUUUUCAAAAUAUACCAAUUUUUUUUUUUUUGUGGAUCCUGGUAAUAUAUACAUGUAUAAAAUAUAUAAAUAUAUAUCUACAUUUCCCCCCUGAAAUUCUAACCUUCAUCAGUUCUUGUAUUGCACCAUUCCUACUGUACUGUAAUCAACCCUGUUCUCAGUGAAAACAGAGGCUUGCAUGCAAUAGACUGACUUAUGCCGAGCUGGGUGAUGGAGAGACCAAGGAUCCCCCUAAUUCUCUAUCUUUGGGUGGUGUGGCAAUCAGAUGGACUGCGAAAACAAGCAAAAAGGUUCUGUCUUCCCACAAUCAUAAACAAAGCCUUACCUUCAUCUUGCUGGCACCUCUUAAUUCGGCAAGAACGUACUACUGGUAUAAAGAGAAGCUAGAUAUCGCCGUUUAUAAAGAGACUUUGUUCCUGAGGUAUUUUAGGUUGGUGCCUGGAGAUGAUCUUUUGUUUGAUUUCUUUAUGUAUGGUUGCAUGGAGUAUGUAUGUGAGUGUGUAUGUAUAUGUCAUACACGCACUCAUAUAGAUUGUUUGGAAUAUGAAAUGUACUCUACUGUAGCAGUGCAAUUUACUCUCCACUGUAUAUAUUGUGAUCUCUAAAUCUCUGGAGAAGUGAUUGAAUGUAUGCAUAUCUAUAUUUUGCUAUUCAAUCACAUUUUAGCCAUCCUCUGUAGACAUAUUGUUCUGGAGGUACAAAUCUAACCAUUGGUGCUAUAACAUGGGAGCUCUAGAAGUAGCCUGUGCGAUAUUGCCUCUUGGUAACUAUCCCAGCAUUUUUUGUUUUAGAAUAACCCAAUUGAUGUCAUUAUCAGUUAAAAUACUAUGGACCUCACAGAGGGGAUCUUUGCUCCAGCAGAGUUGCACUAUAAUAUACAGAUAAGCAGACAUGUAAUUGUGCACUAAUCACAAGACCUAAGGUAAUAUUUUGACCGAAUUAUGAUGGGAAGCCAAUAGCUACUGUAAUAUGAGCAUACAAUCACCAUACCAACUUGUUGCAAGAUGCUAAUGCAAAACAGAGCUCAAACCCGUACGAUAUUUAAGCAUCAUGUCAUCCCAGCCAACCUCUCCAGAAUAGCAAUGCUUGACAAUCAACUGACAUGGCCAGUAUUGCACAAUAGCAGCUGGCAUGCCUUGUGGAUAAAGCUCAGAAAGACUGGGCUGUAAAAAGAUAUAAUGUAUGUUAUGAAUAGCACAAAUGUGCACAUUUAUUGACCGAAAUAGUCUGUUUAGAUGAAUAAAAAACAAACAUGAAUCUGAACAAUGAUUCCUUAACAUUUAUUUUAAUUUUACAAAAGUGUUCUUAUUAAUUAUAACAAAAUUUACAGACGUCUUUGGGUUUUUAGAUGUUUUUUUUUAAUUGUAUAUCCACAUUACACAUUUUCCUGUGAAAUGAUGACAAAAUAAGUCAGAAAAACAGUGGCGCAUCUUUUCGCAAUAAUCAAUAAGGAGUGAAAGCUUUAUUUAUGUCUUUGUACCCUGAUAGAAAAGGCUUUUUUUUUUUUAAUUUGUACGUAAAUGAGAAGUGUCACUGUUUUCCGAUUGUCUGUUUUAUAUAAACUGUGAAAUGUACGCCAUGUUUAAACUCUGGGUGAAUCUUAGAUUUAUAGCUUGCAUGUUCCUGCUAAUUUUGUCUCCCCCUUUUUUUUUUUCUUUUUUUUUUUUUUUCUCUCAGGGCUUUGCAAAAUGAAUCUUCUGAAUUAUUUUAUGUUUGUCACUUUUUUUUUUGAGAUUUCAAAUUAACUGUUAAAUAUAAUUAAGACUGAGGUUUUUAAAUCACUACAAUAAGCACUUGACAAUAAUUAAAUAAAUGCAAUAUAUUGACUGAUCUCAAUAGCUGUGGCCACACAACAGUUAGGGUUCCAAAUUUAAAACAAUGAUUUCAUUUUUCCACUGAUUUUGUACAAAAGAUGUAAUAUCUAGUGAUUUUUCUUUCCACACCAUUUAUAAAACAGGAAACCGUGGAUAAAAUGUCGAAAUUCAUAUUUUUCUAAAGGGAAACUUUGAAAGUGCUGCUAUGAGUUAUGUACAAGACUGGUUUAUGCCACAUGAACAGAGAAUCAAUCACAUUGUUUUGGUACCUGUAUUCCUUCUCUUUAUUCUAUUGUACAGUACUUCCAAACUCAAAAUGAAAGCUGUUCUGUAUCAAACAA